GUUGUAUGUAACCGUGAAACCGGAUGUUGUCAUAAUUUCCAAGGGGACUAAAAUGUCCAGACGAUUCUUUUUGAUGGAAUUAUAUUGAUCAAUUGUUAUUUAAGAUGGGUAAUGCUGCUGUAAAGAAUAAAGAAACUCCACCAACAAAUCAAACAAACAACAGUGGUGGUGAGAAUUCCGCAAACAUGUCAAAGCAAAGCUCAUUGAUCAGCCAUAAUAAAGACAGAGGAGCUUCAAGUAUCAACGACCAAGUGGUUAAUGCAUCAGAAGCAAUAAGAAGCCAAAUCAAACACCUAGAGGCUAUAGAAAAUCUGGGUGCUGCGAUCGUGGAGAAGCCAGAGAUAGCUGCUGCAGUAGCCUUACCAGAAGUGGCCUCUACUUCCAUGCAGGUUUCUGAUGCCAAUAUGUUGUUGUCAACUGACACAGUUGUGGAGAGACAGACACCACCAUUGGAUGAGAAACUGAUCGAUGAAGGACCUCAAGAUCAGCUCAUAUUUGAUUGUGCCUUGAAAUCAGCAUGUAUGCUGGUGAAACCAGAGAGUGUGCAAAAGUAUGUGACAAAGAAUGUUACUAAGCUACAAUUACGCAGAGCUUUACCCCUUCAUUUCAGCUUGGUUACUUUACUAAACAAGUUUGAAAAUUUAAAGGAUCUGGAUUUGUCACAGAACCAGAUGGGACCCCAGGCGUUCCGGGCCGUCUGCCUGGCCAUGUGCCACAACGCCUCUAUCCUCAGUCUCAACAUGUCCGACAACAAGACCGACACUGACACUGCAGACUGCAUUGGAAAGAUGCUUACAGAAAACAAGACCCUUCGAUAUUUGGAUGUGUCCAGUAAUUACCUUGGAAAGGACUAUUUCUCCAGAAAAGUUGGCCAAGCUCUCAAAGAAAACACCUGUUUGAAGACUCUACGGUGUGAGAGCAUUGGUAUGACAGACUGUCGGGUCUUGUUGGAAGGGCUCCAGAGCAGCUCCUCGAUGACUGACCUUGACAUGAGCUGUAACGAUGUGUCAGACAAGGCCGGAUUCGGGAAAGCUUUUUCUCAGUGGCUAGCCAAGCCAGACUGCAGCCUGCGCAGUGUGAGUCUGAGCCGGUGUGAGCUGGACGGUUCCACCAUGGUGGAGGUGCUCAAGGGACUUCAAGAGAACAAGUCUCUGCAAGAGAUUAAUCUUAAUGGCACUCGGUUCAACAAUUUAGGUCAGUUGGUCAGUCUGGUUGUCAUGGCAGCCAAGCACCCAACACUGACCACUCUUUGUGUGGACAGUUGUCGUUGUAGUUCAGCAGACCUCUCAUGUGAGGUACCUCAAUGUGAAAACUUUUCAAAGUUAAGAGUAUUGAGUUUGAAUGACUGUGAGUUGACAGAUGACUUUAUUACUUCCCUGGAAAAGAAGUGCAAAGGGAAGCUACUCUGCAUGACCGAGAUUGACCUCACAGAUAACAGACUACUGAGCACACAAAGUCUGGCAUGUGUUCAGAGAAUGACCGCAGAUGAGUUCACCCUUCCUUCACUGCGUAGGCUUCACUACGGGAUGAACAAGGGAGACAACCUCACAGCCCGCCUGAAGGAGUUACCUAAUCUGCAGUAUGUGAACAUCAGAUUGUGUCACAUUUCACAUGAGGAGGUGUCAGAACUUGGCCGCUAUGUAGCAGGCUCCAGUUCCAACAUCACAAGUCUUGUCCUGGAUGGACUGAAGCUUUCAGGAACAACAUGUCUCAAAGAGGUUUUAGCCAAUCCAAAGACAAACAAACUUUGCACCAUGAGUUUGGGAGGAUGUGCCCUUGACGACAACGAUCUGUCAGCCGUGUGCGACGCCUUCAAGAAUGGGAUCCAGCUUAGCAUGCUCAAACUAUCAGCCAAUAGAAUCACUGACGCUGGAGUCACACACCUGGUGGACGCCAUUUUGAAGAACAAAUCACCGCUGGCAGUGCUUGAUCUGUCCAAUAACAGGAUUGAAGAUGAUGGUGCCAAAAAGCUGGUCAAGCUUUUUUCAUCAAAAUCCAUGCUACAUAGCCUAAAUGUCAGCGCCAAUAAUAUUGGUAAGGAAGGCCUGUGCAGCCUGGUAGGGGUGGUGGCAGGCAAAUCCCCGCUGUGCGUCCUUCAUGCCCAAGGUCAAGGUCAGAGUCAGGACGAGGGACCAAUGGUGGAGAUAUACAGCCAGCUGGCUAAGAGUCUAGGUUACAAGGUUCAGAUGGAGGGUGAGAAGGUGAGGCCUGGCUGCUGUGACCUGCCUGCAAACCUGCCCCAGGGUCUACUGGUCAACCUGACCAACAUGGGUGGACACACCGGGUCAGUGGGUCAAGCACUGGACAGCCAGUGUAUCCAGACUGACUUCCCCCUGGACCGGCUCCCAGCUCUCUCCUUUCACCACCUUAUGCAGAUUGCUUGCUUCCUCAAGGGAACCAGUUCCAGGGAGUGUGUAUGGUCUGAGGCAGAGUGGAAUAUGAUCACUGGGUCAGAUCGACCCACCACAGACACACCUUCAUGGCUAAAGAUUGCCUCGCAGCGAGACCGGUGUAUCUAUAUCAGCAACCUGCCUGGUAAUGCAACCCUACAGAAGCUGGAGUCCAUGCUGGAGAUGGAUGCUGACUGCAGUGUUGAGGAGACAUGCCUUAUGAAGGACCCUGUGACUCGGAGUAUCAACGGUGUUGGCUGGUGUGUGAUGGGCAACCAGGAGUCUGUACAGAAGGCAAUCACUUACUUCAAUAAUGGGGAGGCCAAGAUAUUUGGUCAGGCCAUCAUGCUGUCUGAGGUGAAGGUCAGGGUGGACAAUGCUAUGAGUGCUGAACAAGAGAGGCUGGCCAUGGAAGAACGAGAAAAUCGUAUGAAGCUACGCGCCAAAGAAGACUCGGACCACAGGACACUGAUCAUCAACACAACGGAGACACAGUGGAAACGUCACGCCUACAGGCUGGCACAUCCGGCAUACGCAGACGGAAGAAUAUGGUGAUAUCUUUACAAGAACUUGGUAUGCAUGGCGUACACAGUUGAUCUGGUGAAAUCUUGACAAAGACACAGCACAUAUUAAGUAGGCUAAAAGCAGAACCUGGUGAAGUCUUCACACAUGCAUGGCUAAACGGCUCUAUGCCAACAACUCAAUAUAAUGAAAUAUUGACACAAAUAUCGUACCUUUCAAGUCUCUUCUGUGACAGCUCUUUUGUAUGUAAAUGUAUUAAAAUGUGAUAUUCUCUAACAAAUGGCAUUAAGGACAAAUUUUAUCCGUUGUAAGUUAUAAGGAAUUUAAUUUUAUUGUUAAGUGGUGAAUGUUUGAUCUAUUAUAUAUAUACUGUUUGUUUUGUUAUAAAAUAAAGUUUGAGACUGAGAUA